AUGUCGCCUCCAGCUAACACACACCUAGCCUACACCCCUCCUGACGGGGGCUGGGGCUGGGCAGUAGUAUUUGGAGCAUUCAUUUCCAUUGGAUUUUCAUAUGCUUUUCCUAAAGCCAUAGCAAUCUUCUUCAAAGAAAUCCAGGAUUUCUUUGGCACAUCCUACAGUGAGAUUGCAUGGGUGUCUUCAAUUAUGUUGGCCACUACCUAUGGUGGAGGUCCUAUCAGCAGUAUUUUAGUGAAUCGUUUUGGCAGCCGACCAGUGGUUAUAUUUGGAGGCCUGCUGUGUGGAAUUGGGAUGAUUUCAGCGGCGUUCUGCACUAGCAUUUUACAGCUUUACAUCUGCGUUGGAGUCAUUUCAGGAUUUGGCCUUGCUCUUAACCUUCAGCCGUCAGUGAUAAUCAUCGGGAAAUACUUUUUGAAAAGGAGACCCAUCGCCAACGGCCUUGCCAUGGCCGGGAGCCCCGUAAUGCUAUCUACCCUUGCUCCUUUGAACCAGUUCCUCUUUGACAAUUUUGGCUGGAGGGGCAGUUUCUUUAUUCUUGGGGCAAUUUUACUGAACUGCUGUGUGGCUGGUGCUCUCUUCAGGCCCAUUGGAAUGGCAGCGGACCCUGUUCAGAAACAAACCGUCAAGCAAGCCGAAAAGACUGUAAAAGAGCAGCCCAAUAACAGCUCCGUUGAAAUGGUCCCUCCCAGAGCUGUCAGUUUGUUGAGCGGAACAGAAGAGGAGGAGGAGGACAAAGACUGCUGUGAGAAGUUCAAUAAGUACCUUGAUUUCUCCCUCUUUAAACACAGAGGUUUCCUGAUUUACCUGAUUGGAAACGUGCUCAUGUUUCUGGGAUUUUUUGCCCCUAUUGUUUUUUUGGCCCCUUACGCAAAGCACCUUGGCAUUGAUGAAUACUCAGCAGCCUUCCUCCUUUCUAUCCUUGCAAUAGUCGACAUGAUCGCCAGACCCACCACUGGAAUUAUUGCCAACAGUAAAUGGGUGAGGCCAAAGAUCCAGUAUUUUUUCAGCUUUUCAAUUGCUUUUAAUGGUGCCUGCCAUCUCCUGUGCCCCUUAGCCACAGGCUACACGGGUCUAGUCAUAUACUCCGUCUUUUUUGGCUUGGCCUUUGGUAUGGUUUGUGCCAUGCUCUUUGAAACCCUCAUGGACCUCGUGGGAGCUGCGCGAUUCACAAGUGCUGUUGGCCUUGUCACCAUAGUGGAGUGUUGCACGAUACUUCUUGGACCACCUAUUGGAGGAACACUGAUAGAUACUUUUGGAGAUUACAAAUACAUGUUCAUUAAAUGUGGAGCUGUGAUGGUCUUAGCAGGAACAUUCCUGUUCAUCAUGAAUUACUACAAUUACCGUAUGCUGGCGAAAGAGGAGAGGGAAAGAAAAGUGACAGAAGAGACCGUGAAGGACAACAAACAUAUAAGGACAGAAACAGAGGAUGGAAAUAUCUGGGCCAAAGAAAAGAUGCAGGAUGGUCCGGAGGUGGAACCUUUGACAGACGAAAAAGAGGGACUAAAAAAAGAAGUGAAUGGCAAAAGUGAAGUCUAAGCUUGUUUUAACAGGUUGACUGGGAAAUUGCUUUUUGUGUUUCUUAAAUUGACUGUAACAAUGACAUGACUUUAGAUGUCUAAUUCUGCAUUGAUACUGCUCUAUUUCUACUCUUUGCUUUGCCUAGGAAAAGCCUAAAGGAAAGAAAAAAAAGUCUAGCUUCUUAUGAAGUGCUGGCACAUACAGUGCAAUACCCGUUCCUAUAUUGUUGGAGGGCUGCAUCGUUUUUCUUUAGCUAUUUCCUGUUACCAAUAGGGAUCUUAAAAGCAUCCAGCCCCCACUCUGCUCUUAGGCCUGCUCCAAUGUCCAUGAAAGGCUAUGAGCUAGGAGUGCGAUUUCCCUGCUUGCGUACGCAGACUCGGGCUGGCUCUCAUUGAGCUAACGUGAGUCUAAGUAGCCGUGUAGCUGUGGUAGCAUGGGGAGCAGCAGCAGAGAUCUGGAUAAGCUGAACGGAGUACACACCCACCAGUUUUAGGCAGGUUUGUACUCAACAUGGCUCAGCCAUACCUCCACUGCCCCCACCCUGACAGGCUGACAUGGCUACACUGCUAUUAAUGCUCAUGCUAACCCAAUGACAGCUAGCGGAAGUAUGUGUACACCAGCAGGGGAAUCACACCACUCGCUCGUAGUGUAGAUGUAGCUGAAGUCAAUGCAAAACCUUCCACUGGCUGCAGUGAGCUUUGAAUUAGAUCGUAUUAGAGAGGAAUAUUCCACUGCGACGAAGUGGGUAUUCACCCACGAAAGCUCAUGCUCCAAUACGUCUGUUAGUCUAUAAGGUGCCACAGGACUCUUUGCUUCAUUUAAGUACUGUCAUUAUGGGCCUGAUCAGUGUCCAGGGAAACCAACAGCAAGGCUCCCGUUGACAUCAGUGUGUAUUGGAUCAGGGCUCAAGGACCUAUCGGGAAGGCUUAAAUGCCACCCUCAUUUAGCCGCUGCACUUUUACUAAUGCACCUUCAUCACAGGGAAAAUUAACUAGGCUUAAUACCAAUCACCUUCAUUUUGAAGCCAUGCUUGGUUUAAAGAUUCAGCUUGAAUUGAAGCCUUGGCUUCUAACAAGACAGUAUGCGCCGGUACGUGGUUGUGUGUGUGCAGUACCUGAUAGGCCACGUGGUCUUGUGGACUGAGCACAGGAUCUGGAGCCAGGCUGUCGCCAGCUCUAGUGCUAGCUUGACCAAUGACUUGCUGUAGGGCCUUGGGAAAACGGCUCUGAGUCAAAUCCACAGGCGCCAUGAGCAGAGUAACUUAACAAAGGUGAAAUUCACCCUGUGUAGAGGACCAGCAUGAGCCUGUGCACCACUUAAGCGUUCAAGAAAAGGGCAAAAGUUAAUUCCAUCAACGUCAAUCAACAGAAAAAACUUAAGUGGGAACAACUGGAGUCCUGCAAUGACUUACACACAGGGGCGUUGGGAGCCAUUGAACCAAACUGUAAACCCUGUAUAUAAUGGAAACCACUUCAAGCUUACACAUAUGCUUAACUUUACUCCUGGCUAGUCUUCAAUGAGACAAGUCACGUGAAUAAAGCUAAGCCUGUGGGUUCGCAGGAUCAAGGCCACUGGCUUCCAUAGAGUUUCACUCAUCCUCAACGGUCCUAUGUAUCUGUUUCCCCAGCCACAUGUUUUCCCAUCAAUAAACUGCAGAUAAUAACAACAGGGAGUUGUGAGGGCUCAUUAGUUAAAGCUGUAAAGGUUUGUAUAAACACCAACACCCAGAUCCUAAGCGGUAUUUAGGCACCUAACUCCUAUUCCUUUCACUUGGCAUUAGGCACCUAAAUACCAUUGAGAACCUGGGCCUAAGUAUUAUUAAUGACUUCCUAGCUCACUGCAAAUAUUGGAGAAAAAUCAUAUCUCGUAGCUCUGUCAUCUGAGAACAGUAUUUAAUUAAACCCCAGGUACAGACUGCGUACAGCUUAGCUGUGAACGAAGGCUUUUUACAAAUGAACCUUUCUAUGGACUCUGCUGCCCUUUAAACAUAGGUCAGAACUGUAGGUUCCUCCACAGGACUCAGGGCUGUGCAGUGGGGUUGAAAUGCUGUUUCCAUUGAAGUCAGUGGGGCUAGGAUUUCAUCCUUAGGCACUAUCUUGUGUUUGUUGUGGACAGCACCUCCCGGCAACAUUGAUUUUUUUUUUAAAUACUCGUUAUCACAGUCAUGUAAAUAUGAACGAAACUAUUCCAAACUAAUGGCGUUGAUGGAGGUGCCAGAACAUUUCCUGACAGCACAUGUCAUUGGGAA